AUGAGAAAUGAGGUAGAUAGUGAUUCUGAAUCAGAAAAAGAGAAUGAUGCCUCGACCACGAGAAGAAAGCCUGGAAGUACCCUUGAUGUUCCAGUGGUCUCUUACCUUGAAAUCCCAUUCUCAGUACAGACAGUCAUCUCUAGGAUUGAAAAAGCACAGCUCAUACGAGCCAAAGAGGAAAUUAAUAUGCAGCUGACUGACAUACUGAACAAUGUGCAACGGAUAAUAACCCGCUAUACUCCUGAUGAUCUUACCUCACUAACUGAAAGGAGGAAGUCUCUCAUAGAAUAUAAGAGAAAAAGAAGAACCAAAGUUUUGGAGAAAGUGGCUUCUUAUUCGAAGGGUAUUGAAGUUAGAGAAAAAACCCUUACCCACAUUCUGGCCUGGAUGGAAGAAUGGAGUGGCAUUUUGUCUGAGAUAACUGCAAUGGAUAUUGACGAACAUCACCACUGGAUAGCACAAAUGCAGAUGUUACCAGAAAUGCUAAAAGCAAUUGAGAACAAUGUCAAGACACUGUAUAGAAUCAGUAUAAUUUUUCUUGAAGAAAGGAGGAAACAAAAGAAUAGAACACAAUCUAGAAGUACUCUGUGGAAAUCUUGGAAAGAUAGAGUUGUAAAACGACCUGCGACAGCCCAUGCCUUAAAACCAGAUCAGAUGAUUAGCGAUCAAUUUGCAACAAAUACGAAGGUUUCAGAAAUUCAAGAUAUGCUACAGGAACUCAUAGGCACAACAAUGUUCAAUAAAUUGGAAAACAGUGCUAUUAAAUAUAUAUCAUCAACAAUAGUCAACCUUUCUAAAGCCUUGUGUAUACUAAGUGACAAUUUAAAGGCUGCCAUUGACUUCCCAGUUGGCAGUAUGUACGAAAAUGAAACAAGAGAAGCAGAAAAAGAGCGCUCUCAGAAAAUAAUAUACAGUCUCAGUGAACAAAAUGAAAUGCUUCAGCAGAGACUUAAAGAUAUAGAAGAAAAAUUUGAACAACUUAUUAAAUCCAAAGCUAUUAUUGGACAACAACUGUACACAUCAUUGUCCACAUCUUCAACCUUAAAAGUAUUAUCUGAACAGUCAUCCACGACCAAAGCUGAUGACAUAGAGGACACUGUGGACAGUAUUUUAAGCAAAGAAUUUGAAAAUAUUUUAGAUGAAUCCCAAAGAAAAGGAACCAAAGGCACUGGGAAAAAGUGGGAGGCAGCUCUUUCAUAUACAGCCCAAGCUGAAGCAACCCCAGAGCUAAGUGAACAGCCUGAUGAAGAUACUACUGGAGAUGAUAUAUCACUGAAAAAAGGUGAUGACCAUCAAAAAGAUGAAACUGACUAUCAUGAAUCACAGAAAAGAAGGUACUCACAUGAGGCCUCUGAAUUAAAUCUGAUUGAUGGUAAAGGUGAACAGAAAGUCUCAGAGGACAAACCUCGUCAACGAUUUGAGCUAGAAGCACUGGAAAAAAAGAAAAAAGAAAGAAAACCCUUUUCUCAAGGCAAAUCAAAGCCAUCUGUUGAAACAAAAAGCAAACAUUUCUCUUCUACUGAAACAAAUAGCCAAGGUGACAGAAGUGGAACAAGGAGUACAGGGGAACAAUUCAGAAAGGUCAGACCUGAACAAGAACUUGAAAAAGGCCCAAUUUCCUCAGAGAUAAAAUCAUACUCCUCUAGUGAGUCAGUGGGCAAAGAGAUCAAAAGCAAAAUGAGUAGAUCAACAGAGGCAAUCCAGUUUAAGAGUGAUUUCACCUCUGAGCCCCAGAAAGUUGAAAAAAAGGGAAAGAAACACCAAAUCCUUCCAGGACAGACCACAAGCAAAGAAGGAAUAAUAGAAGAGAAAGAACUGCUAUCCUUUAUCAAACAAACCCAGGUUCAACUACUUGUUAAAUCACACUCAAAGGUCAAGAUGGCUAAAGAGGAUUUAGGAAGUCCAGAUGGCAAAAGUGAACAGGAUAACCUAGAAUUAUUUCAAAAAGCCAUACUGGCUUUCCUAAAAGAGAAAAUUGAUAACAUAGGAAAGUCUUUUCGUACAGAGAGUGUGCUAAAGGAGGAGAAAUUAUUAAAAAAAGAAGAAGUUGAAAAGUUAGGAGUUAUAAAGGCAAAAACAGAGGAAUAUUUCCAAAAAGUGGCUGAAACUGUGACUAAAAUCUUGAGGAAAUACAAAAAUAUAAAAACUGAAGGACAAGUUGAAGAGAAAUCUUUGAAACAAAAAAAGAUUGUCUCAUUUAUGCCAGAUUUUCAGAAGUCAAAACCUGAGAUUAGCUCAAUUCUUGAAAAUGAGAGCACAGACCCAAUAAUUAACAAUUUAAUACGAAUUAUAUUGACUGAAUUAGAAAGAGAUGUUCCAACAAUCUUGGAAGGAGAAGACUACAAGGAGAAAGAUAAAAAGAAGCAGAAGGAAUAUUUGCCAGAAGAUCAAGAAAAAAUAUCCAGCAUGCGUGAGCUGCAGAAGCCGAAACAGGAAGAAGAGGUAGGGAAAGAACGAAAAAAACAGAGGACUCAAAAGAGGAUUGAGCAAGAUGGGAAAGAAAAUCAAAGGAAAAGGGACAAAGAAGUGCAGCAGCAAUCCAAACAGCAGCAGUCGGAAGUAUGGAAGAAAACGACGAAAGAGCGAAUGGUGCCCUUGGAGAAGAAGAGUGAAGAGAUGAUGGGGCAGAUUCAAGAUCUGGUAAUUACAGGGGAGAAAGACAAGAAACAGAGCAGAGGGACAGAAGACUUCAAAAGGCAGAGGCAGUUCAAAGAAAAGGAUAAGACUGAGAAGAAAAAAUCUGUAGAACCAACAGAAAUGGCCAUCCAAAGACCAGUGACAUAUUCCAGAAGGAGGAGAACAUUGAAACAUGAAUCUCAGCUAUAUGAAGAACAAAAGAUCCAAAAGAAUCUUGAGACAGUAGAGAGUCUUCCUGCAGGACAGAGUCCCAUACCAGUCACUCCUCCCACCUCAACACGUUCCUCCCUAAACAGCACCCUUCCUGCUUCUGAAGAGUCUCUCACAGAGUACAUCACUCUCAGUCCUGAGCAAGCACAGGCCACGGGGAUCACCCUCACCCCUCAGCAGGCCAGGGCUGAGGGUAUCACCCUCACCCCUGAGCAGGCCCAGGCACUGGGGAUCACUCUCACCCCUCAGCAGGCCCAGGCACUGGGGAUCACUCUCACCCCUCAGCAGGCCCAGGCCCAGGGGAUCACUCUCACCCCUCAGCAGGCCCAGGCCCAGGGGAUCACUCUCACCCCUCAGCAGGCCCAGGCACUGGGGAUCACUCUCAUCCCUGAGCAGGCCAAGGCCAAGGGGAUCACUCUCACCCCUGAGCAGGCCCAGGAAGUGGGGAUCCCUCACACUCUGGAGCAGGCCCAGACACUGGGGAUCACUCUAGCCCCUGAGAAGGCCCAGGCCCAGGGGAUCACUCUCACCCCUCAGCAGGCCCAGGAACCAGGGAUCACUCUCACCCCUGAGCAGGCCCAGGCACGGGGGAUCACCCUCACCACUGAGCAGGAACAGGCACUGGGGAUCACUAUCACUCCUGAGCAUGCCCAGGCCAAAGGGAUCACUCUCACCCCUCAGCAGGUCCAGGCACAGGGAAUCACUCUCACCCCUCAGCAGGCCCAGGCAUUGGGGAUCACUAUUGCCCCUGAGCAGGCCCAGGAAAUGGGGAUCACUACAGCCCCUGAGCAGGCCCAGGAACUGGGGAUCACUCUAAGCCCUCAGCAGGCCCAGGCACUGGGAACCACUCUCACCGCUGAGCAGGCCCAGGCACUAGGGAUCACUCUCACCCCUGAGCAGGCCCAGGCACGGGGGAUCACCCUCACCCCUGAGCAGGCCCAAGCACUGGGGAUCACUAUCACACCUGAGCAUGCUCAGGCCAAGGGGAUCACUCUCACCCCUCAGCAGGUCCAGGCAUUGGGGAUCACUAUUGCCCCUGAGCAGGCCCAGGCCCAGGGGAUCACUCUCACCCCUCAGCAGGCCCAGACACUGGGGAUCACUCUCUCUCCUGAGCUGACCCAGGCCAAGGGGAUCACUCUCACCCCUGAGCAGGCCCAGGCACUGGGGAUCACUCUCACCACUGAGCAGGCCCAGGCCAAGGGGAUCAACCUCACCCCUGAGCAGGCCCAGGCACUGGGGUUCACUCUCACUCCUGAGCAUGCCCAGGCCAAGGGGAUCACCCUCACCCCUGAGCUGACCCAGGCACUGGGGUUCACUCUCACCCCUGAGCAGGCCCAGGCCAAGGGGAUAACUCUCACCCCUCAGCAGGUCCAGGCACAGGGAAUCACUCUCACCCCUCAGCAGGCCCAGGCAUUGGGGAUCACUAUUGCCCCUGAGCAGGCCCAGGCCCAGGGGAUCACUCUCACCCCUCAGCAGGCCCAGACACUGGGGAUCACUCUCACCACUGAGCAGGCCCAGGCCAAGGGGAUCACUCUCACCCCUGAGCAGGCCCAGAAACUGGGGAUUACUCUAGCCCCUGAACAGACCCAGGCCAAGGGGAUCACUCUCACCCCUGAGCAGGCACAGGUACUGGGGAUCACUCUCACCUCUCAGCAGGCCCAGGUUCAGGGGAUCAAUCUCACCCCUCAGCAGGCCCAAGACUUGGGGUUCACUCUCACCCUGCAGCAAGCCCUGGCACAGGGGAUCACUCUCAGCCCUCAGCAGGCCCAAGACUUGGGGUUCACUCUUACCUCUGAGGAGGCUCAGGCACAGGGGAUCACUCUCACCCCUCAGCAGGCCCAAGACUUGGGGUUCACUCCCACCCCUCAGCAACCGCUGGCACAGGGGAUCACUCUCACCCCUCAGCAGGCCCAGGCACAGAGGGUCCCUUUCACUCCACAGCAGGCACAGGACCUGGGGAUUAGUUUUAACUUUCAGCAGGCCCAUGCUCAAACUGUCACUCUUUCCCCUCAAUCAGCUCAGGUAUUUGGUGCCACUCUCACUCCUGAGCAGGUUCAGGCAUUGCUGCCCCCUCUCCCUUCUGGUCAGGCAGUAGGCAUCACCCACACCCCCAAGCUAGCACAGGCAUUAGAAGUCCCUCUUACUGAAGAACAGGCCAGAAAAUUGAGGGUUUCUAUCACUCCAGAAAAGUUUCAAGGGGCAUCAAACAUUAUUAGCCUGGAGCAGUUCCAUGCAUUGAGGGUCACUCCCUCCCUCCAGCCGGCCCAGGCACUUGGCACUCCUCUCACCCUGGAAAAGCUCUCCACAUUGGCUCCUUCCACUCUUAGACCAUUUCAUGAAUUGAAGACUUUUUUCCCCACUAAACAAUCCAUUCCAUCAAGACUAUCUCCAAGCCCUGGCAGUCCUAGGAAAGGCCAAGGAAUGCAUAUUCCUUCUGGCCCAGGAAAGCUCUUGGCACCACAAAUCUUUCCUACCUCUAAACAGAUUCUGGUAGGUAAAGGUCAAUUCAUUCCUGCACAGUCUGCAGCACCAGAGAUCUCUCCCAAUCUUGGGAAACUCCCAAUAUCUUGGGUCCCUCCCAUUCCAGGACAGCCCCUUGAACAGGAGGCCCUUAGUUCUAGGCAGUUCUUCAUAUCUAGGGGCCUUCUGACUCCCCGGCCACCUCUGAUAUUGCAGACCCCUGUCACUCCCAGGCAACCUCUUAUAUCAAGACUCCCAUCCACCUUUGGACAGAUCCCCAAACUCCGGGAUCCUCUGUCUCCUGGAAAGCCCUUGGUUCCUGAAGCCUCUUCCAUCCCCAGGGAGCUUCAGGAAUCUGGACCCAGCUUUUUGGAGCAGCCCCAGGCACUCUGGCCUUCUGCCACCCCUGAGCCCUCUCCCUAUCUGCAGACCUCUUCUCUCUUUGGGCAGCAACUGGCACCAUGGAUUAUUCCCGGGCAAGUUUCACCACUAUGGGUCCCUUCCACUCCCAGACAUCCUUCCACAUUCUGGCCUCCAACAGCCCCUGAAAAGCCCCAGGGAGUUUUGUCCUCUUCUGUUGCUCAGAAAAGAUCAGCAAUUAUUUCUUCUUUGAAAUCUAAACCAGCUUUGGUUCAUCCAAGUGCUCCAGAUUCUAAGGUAUCUCAAGCUCCUUUCACCACUAAGAAGGCCCAAAUAUCAGAGGUCUCUGACACUUCUGAAGAAACCAAGAUGCUCCAAGAUACUUCUGCCAUGGGACCAUUUGAAACAUUUCAGUCCCAUCUCACCAAUUAUAGGAUACCAAUAUUGCAAACCCCUCACAUUGAUGGGCAGGCCUUUCCACCUCUCAUGAAACCUCAAAUGUCACUACCUUCUCUAAUAACUCAACUACCCAAAAUAUCACAGAUCUUACCUGCUCAGUGGGACCAGAAAUCUCGAUUCCCUCCUAUAGACAAGCCCUGGAUUCUGCCUUCAGUUUUAGGCAUCAAGAAACCAAAGGUGACAGUGCCCCCUUCCUCUCCCCAAGAGCUUGAAGAAAAGAGAUAUUUUGUUGAUGUAGAGGCUCAGAGGAAGAAUCUGAUACUAUUAAAUCAGGCCACAAAAACUUCUGGACUCCCUUCGCAGCAACAUACAAUGGCUAGGAAUCUCAUAAUUGAGACACUUCAUAGGAACAAUAUUCGGCUGGGAUACCUGUUCCGCAAGUACAUUGCCUAUAGCCUGAUCCAGCAUGCCAGAUACAACAUAAUUAAGCAAUUAAAAACUAUCCAAAACACUGGGAAAGAUUAUGAGAUGCAAAACCUCUACAUCAUGCUGAGCAGAAUUGAUGACUACCAGAAAAAGGUGAUGCAGGUCUGGACUGAGAAGCAGAAGUCUCUAGAGCAGAAACGAAGUCGGUGCCUGAAGAACAUGAUGUCCUUAUUUAGCCAGCUCCAAGAGAAGUAUAAAUUGAAUCUUAGUCUACCUAUCCACUUGAUCAUUGACAAAAAUCAAAUACCUACAUCUACUGAAUUUAGUCAACAGCCAUUCCUAGAGUUACUAUUUGAAGAGGAAAAAAAGUCUGAUGCUUUCAAGAAAUUUAGACAAGAAGAUUGGAUGAAAGCCAUGUGGCAUGCUGAUCUGUCUACAUCAAGCUACCCAAUAACAGAGAAGAUGUCAAUACAUUCACUGUGGGCCCAACUGGGUGGGUACCCAGAUAUUCCUAGAUUGCUACAGUUAGAUAUUCAGUCUACCUUCAGAAAAUCUCUCGCAUCCAUUCAAUCACAGUAA